CUAAUUAUAACUCGCCGUCGGACCAGUUACCUGCCAUCAGGCCAUGGAACUGAGAAGGUAUUUCGGGACGCGUUUGUCACUCUUGAAACGUCCAUGCAAGGGCCCCGCUCCUUACCUUGUGGAACUUGGAAAACACAGGUUGCAUACCGCGCCUAUAAAAGCCAGUCAAUUCUGGUCCUAGUACAUCCCACAACCACACUCUCACAGAGAUAACCACCGCCUGCAUACCAUUCAACCAUCCAUUCACAUCCAAAAUGAUGUUCCAAAGCAAGUUGACCGCCAUGGCAUUGGCUGCCGUGCUCCUCUUCGCAGGACAGGCAAACGCCAUCGCAGCUAACGAUGUUGACGCAUGUAACGGUUCUAACGAAUAUGGUGUCGGACACUCCUGCGCCUUCCAGGAGUCUCAAGGCAUCUGCCAAACCAACAGUUGUGGCGUGCUUGUUUGUGUUCCUAACUGAACUAAGGCGGCCGUUGCCAGUUGCAGCGAGCCGAAUACUUCAUGGAGAGGUUAAAUAGUGAAUACGUCACUUCGUAGUUUUCGUACAAAUCAGAUGUUAUUCUUGAACGAG